GUCCGCCGCUUUCCCAUCUGCUUCCCCCCUCCACCAGCUGAUUUCCCCAUCCUCCAUCACCCAUCUACCAUCCCGGUCCUCCCACAUGUCUUUUGCGACGUGCUGCCAGCCGCCUUCAUCCUUUCUCUUCUCCUCUCCCCCCCUGAAAACUCUGCCAAGAACAUCAUCAUUUCAUCCCCUUUUUUUCUUCCCCCCUGGACUUCCUCCAUCAUUUCCUAUACGCACACGGCACACACACGUACACCAUACGCAUAGACCACCUCGAUCGACCUCCGUUUUCGCACUUCUGGUUCUUAUUGCUCGCUGCGUCCUAGCCGCCCCGUUCACCGUCGGCCCUUUCGACUGUUCUUCUCCUUCUCUCCUCCGCUCUCCUCUCUCCUUCUAUCCGGCCGCCGUCUGAUCUGCCAAUUCCGAUCGUAAUGUCUCAGCUGGCGCCUCGGUAGCAAGAGAUAAUGACUAGAAGAAGAGCAUGUCACUCCAAACCAUCCGGAAUGUCGUAUUGUUGUUCAGCAAUCCCACUUGGUCCGACGGCCGUUCCAUCCCUGGCACUAUCCUUAGAAAUAUUACCGCCCUCUCUAGCCAGAUAGCGUAUUCCGAGAAUUUGCUAGGGAAUAUCACCACUCUCUCCACCACGUCGGUGCCCACGACAAACGGCGUGAUCCAAGGUCUGCUGUACGUGCCGGCACUUGCUAAAGGUGAUCCGUGUCGGGAGUUGGCCGCAAACCACAUCCCGCAGAAUGUCACGCGACGAGCAAAUCUGCCAACUACGAACUAUAAUCUCGUCGCGCUUGCGCCGUGGAUCGAUGUAGAUUGCACGAAAUCAUUUCUGGCCUCGGCUCGGGUGGACCCCAUCCGAGCUAUGUUAGUGUAUCUCCCGGACGGCGACGCCAGUCAGCCCCCGGAUCCCGAUGCGGAUGCUUGGGAUCUAGGAGACGGUGGCGGCUGGAAGACGAAGAACCGCUAUCCCGUCUAUGCGAUCCCCGGCGCUUCCGGCGCCGAGAUGAUGCGGCAGCUUAGUCUCUACUCCGGAGACUUGUCGCAAGUCCCGUUCAGCAAUCAGAUAAUAUCAGCGUACUCGCCGGACCCUUCUGACUUUGUGCGCGUGUGGACAGAGCUGACAGUGGUGACGGUGACGGCAACGCUGCCGCUCUGGGCCUUCGUCCUCAUUAUUAUCGGUGUUAUCGUGGCCGUAAUCGGCAGUACGUCGCUGCUCAUGCACUUCGUUCAAAGACGACGCCGCUCCGCAUUACGCCGGCGUGUUAUGCGGGGGGAGGUUAAUCUGGAGGCAUUAGGCAUUAAACGGCUGACGGUACCGGCAGCCCACAUUCAGACCUUUCCCCUCUUUACCUACUUUUACGACCCGCCGCUGCCGUCAUCCCCAACGUCGGCAAACUUGCCGCCGAAGAAAGGGAGGGACUCCACCGAAGCCAGUAGGAAGCCCCGUAGCGGACAAACCGGGAAGAACGUCUCGGCAAUCGAUUACCAGCCCUCAUGCCAUAUCUGUCUCGAGAACUUCGAAUCCAGAGCGACAAUCAUCCGUGAACUGCCCUGCGGUCACAUCUACCACCCCGACUGCAUCGAUGAGUUUUUGGGUCGCCUCAGCUCUCUCUGCCCGAUUUGCAGGGCGUCGAUGCUCCCGCGUGGUUAUUGCCCUAGAAUUACCAACUCCAUGGUGCGCAGAGAAUUCGGCACUCGAAGGCUACGGUCACGGAGAGGCGUCGCGGUAGACGUGGAGAGGGGCCGCCGGCGACUGUCGUCCUGGAGCAGCUCUGUGAAGAAGCACAUCUGCCGGGUGUCCUCUUCGCGCCGGAGCGACGAAGAUGUCGACUUGGAGGAGCAGCCGAGACACAACGUGCCGAAUAACGUCAGGACAACUCAGCAACGCAUGCAGGACCUCGCCGCAAUGGUUGACGAGACGAACAGCGACGACGGACGAGGGCGAUGCAAGUAUUCUCAUUAUGUCAAAGACUUGGGAUGAUUCGCUAAUAAAUCGUAGGGAAGCGUGUGGUUAUCAAGGUCUUCCCCGGGUUUAGAUGACUUUUUUUUCCGACCUGGAUUAGGUGUUUAUACCACCUAUCAACGUAUUUCCUUGGUUUUAUUGGUAUGGUAAAGCAUGGUGGUGUCAACUGGCAUGGGUAAGGCGCGUUUCUGGGUGUGGAACUGUAUUAUGGGGUGUUUGCGAGGAAGAAGAGUGCCGGCUCGUCGGGAGCGUCGUCAUCAAUAAGAUGUACGAAUAUUUACGGGUCUAGGGGCCUGGACAGGGUAUAGGUAUAUACAAGAUAAGGCUGACGAAGAGGAGUUGGGAGAAGGCGUGCACAGAAGGUGCUUGGAUAUACCCAGACGCAAGAAGGCAGCAUGUAUUAUAACUAGGGUAAACUCUCACGAGAUGGGAUGUUCAGCUUUACACAACCGGGAUCAUACAGCAUGUGUACGUGUACAUUUUUGAACCUACGCCUUCCAGGUUCCGGGUCUGUCUAACGAGUGAAUAUGAUAUGUCGG